GUCGUCGUUGUGCGGGCUCAAGGAGGCGGUAUGCAGAGCGCCAUGGACAAGGCUCGAUUUCCAGGUUUAGCUGGCGGGAAUGCACGUUUAUUGAAGGAUGGCAGCUGGGAUUGUUUCCCCCCCUCGUUUUUCCCUCACUCCUCCCGAGUCGGAGAUAUCGAUGAGCCCCUUGCUGAGGCGUCUGUCUCCCUCGUUGGAUUGCGGAGAAGGUGAGACAACACCAAUGGAUGCAAAGACAGGCAUAGACAAGUAAUUGCACAAAUGUGCCGUCUUGAAUGAGACAAGAUAGCGGUAAGAAUGGCGGGCAAGAUAUGGAGGCCGGUGUGGUGGCGUUCCUGGGAGACUAUCGGCCUUCAGGAGUGUGGGACUAAGUGUGUGUGUAUGUGUGUGUGAAGGUCUCGGGCAUGCAAGCUCAUCUUGUCACUCAGGAGACAAUGUCGGCCAAAGGGAGAGAGAUAGAGACAGAGAGCACGAGAGCGAGAGGGAAGGGGAGACAACACAUGGAGGGAGGAAUUUGGCCUGCUUCCACCAGAGGCAAAGGGAGCGGCCAGAAGGUAUAAGAGAGGGACGAACGUCCGUCUCCUUGCCGACUUCCCUUUCCUUCUUCACCCUCAUCAUCAUUACGCCUCGCAUCCUUAGGUUUCUCGCCUUCCCCCUCUCCUUUCACCUCGUUUCACUCGUUCUUACGACCCGAGGUCCAGUCAUUCAUUACCUGUUUUUCAGUCACUCGUUUCGCCAUGCGCAGCAUCGCAGUUAUCGCCCUCAUGGGCCAGGUCGUCCUCGGCCAACAGUUCACCAACUCGUCGACCUCGUCCACCACGUCCUCGACCUCCACCACGUUCUCGACCUCGCGGACCACCACGACGACCUUGAUCACGACCACGGACUCGACCAUUACCGAUGACGGGUCCCUGACCUUCGGCCCUGACCCUCCCACGACGACGGAUACGACUACGACCGUGACAUCUACGACCCUGUCAACCACCACCACCAGCGGGUCCAGCUCGGCCUCGUCCACCUCCACGGUCACUCCCAACCCGGCCAACGUCGGCGGCUACAGCCUCCUCGGCUGCUACGGUUCCCCUACCAGCUUCCCGGGCUUCGCCCUGACCUUGUCGGCCGAGUCCAUGACCAUUGACCGCUGUAUCGCCGCCUGCAGCCCUAUCAGCAAGCGCUACGCCGGUCUCUUCGGCAACGACUGCUUCUGCGGUGAUGUAAUCGACGAUGUCAACGAGCCCAACAGACCCGAGGCGGAGUGCAACUUCCCUUGCCCCGGCAACCCCAGACAGCGCUGCGGUGGACGUUCCAUUGCCAUCCUCAAGAACAAGCGCCAGAUCCUCCCGACCGACGUCCGCUUCACCAUCUACGUCAGCGGUAGCGCUAUCAUCUCCGUGUCCGGAACCGUCACCGUCACCGUAUCCACCGGUACCGGCAUCAUCGGAACUGCCACCGCUAUCACCCCUACCCCCUCCCCCAACCCUUGCUUCAACGGCAAGUGCUUCGGCGUGCCGUGCUUCGGCUUGGACUGCUACAAGAAGUUCGUCGCCUACGGUGACUUCUGCGGCUACGACUUCCCUUGCUUCGGCCCCGACUGCAGGAAGCGCCUGGUGUGGGAGCACGGUGUCUGGCGCCCCGAUGCAUGCAACGGAUGGGACUGUGGCCGCAAGGUCAAGUGCGUCUCUGGCAAGUGCAAGAUCGUUGUCAAGGGCUCCGACUGGGACAAGGAGAAGAUCACCUGCUACGGCAACAUCUGCAAGGUCGAGAAGUGCGACGGUGAUGAGUGCAACAAGAAGUACGUCUGCAAGGACAAGUCUUGCGUUUUCGAGACCUGCCCCAAGGAGGAAGGCAACAAGAAGUGGGAGUGCGAGAGCGACAAGUGCAAGGUCGUCAAGCCCUGUGAGGACGACUGCCCCGAGCCCGCCCCUCCUGGCCCUCUCGCCCCCGGCGCCACCUCUGUUCAGCCGCCUGCCGGCCCCGACGCCACUGCCGUGCCCACUUCUGGUGACGACGCUGAAGCCACUGCUGUGCCUACCUCUGGUGGCGACGACGACGGCGAUGCCAGUGUCCUCCCCGUCCCUACCGACGGCGACGAGGAUGCCACUGCCCUGCCCACUCCUACCGACGACGAGACUGCUACGGGCCCCGCUCCCACUGGCCCCCAGCCUACUGAUGGUUCUGGAGCUGGUUCCGGAGCUGGUUCCGGAGGUUCCGGACCCGAUGGUCCUUCGGCCCCAACCGCUUCCGGCACCGGGCGCCCUCCCGUCGUUGUUGUCGCCGCUGGAUCCAACAAGUUUGUCGCCAGCUUCGGCGCUCUCGCCUUCAGCGUCAUCGCCGCUGCCAUCCUCUUGUAAGGAGGUGGCUAGGGGGUUUCCUCUCUCGACCGAGCAUGAAUGGUCGUUGUUCACUUCUUUGGGACGCCUCCGGGAGUUCCGGCAUAAUUCUUUACUGAGUGGUGGUUUGUGGUAUGGGUGAUGGCCUUUUUCUUCGACAGUGGCCUGGCGGUCUUGGGGAGUGUCUUCGGGCUCCCUCCGCCGGGUUAUGGAUGGACUUUGAGAAACGAUUUGACGAUAUAGAUAAUAAAGCGUGUUGUUCACCACAA